AUGAGUGAAUUUUCACCGAAAAUAUGGAAUUAGAUAUUCUAAACAAUGUAAAGAAUUGAAAUGAUCAACUUUUCAAAAGAUGAAAUAAUGAAAUUCUUUAUCAAUUCCUCUGAUUAUGAUGAAUAGACAUUGAUCAAAAUUAUGGAUGGUUUAAAUUAACUCGCUUUAUAAAUAGUUGAAAAAGUUUAAAUAAAUAGUAAUACAGCUGACAUCAAUUAAACCUACAAGCAAUUUGCAAUCGAUAAAAUUGUACUCAUAGUAUAAGUGAAUGUUUUUAGAUUAGAGAAGAUUUGGUAAACUGUAGAAGCUUUGCUAUUAUGUUUAUGCUAAUCUAAAUCAUAGGAAAUGAGACUCUACUCUUUGAAUAGUUUGAAGAGCAUUAUUUGUUAAUGUUUUAAUAACAAAUAUCUAAAAAUUGAUCUAUUCAAUGCUAUGUAUGAAUUGAUAAACUCGAGGUAUGAUGAUGUGGUUGAAUAUAUUAUGAAUCUGUUGUAUUUGUUAAUAAAGGAAUAGCAAAUAUCCGAUACAUUGUAUGUUGAUUUAAUAAAGGUGUUUGAAACAUUACUAAAUGAAAAGGAAGAAUUUAUACAUUUGUUAUUAUGUUUGAAUUGUUUAAGUGAACUAAUCUUUAAUUAAUUAGACUAAUUAAAUGAUUAAUGUUUGAUGAGAAUGGCAAGUAUUUGUGUGUAUCUCACAAAGUAUUUGUCGAAAUAAUACUAAAAUGAAAUCAAACAUAAAAUCAUUUGUAUGUUAUGGCAGUUGUAAUUAAAAUCCAUUUAACAUAAAAUAAACAAUCCUGGUCUAUGGAGUAUGUCCUUAAAAUUAAUCAAGGACACAAUGGAUAAUUAAGAUGAUUUAAAAUUUGCAGCUUUGCACAUAGCUUCUUAGUUAUGUUUGAAUUCACAAAAUGAAUAAUUUAAUGAAAUCUAUGAUUUAUUUGAAGAGUUAAUGAAUAAUUGCAUCAUUCAAUAUUUAAGAGUAGAAUUUUAAUAAAUCAGUUUAUUUAGUACCACCCCUAGAUUUAAUCAUAAUAAUUUAAUUGAGACUCCUAAAUUCUAGAUUUAAUCAAUAAAAUUUGAUAAGCAAACAGUAAAUGAAUAAUACAAACAAUCUUUGGAGAUUUUGAAAUUAUGCAUUUCACUUUGGGCUGAAAUAGUUAUUUAAAAGCAAAAAUAUGAUAAAUUCUAUUACCACAUCUAAUCUUUUAAUUAAGCACAAUUAGUUUAUAUCAAACAUGAAAUCAUUAUGGUAUUGUCAAAGAUUUUGGAGCAUUCAACCUAACAAAUAGAAAUAUCCUUGGAUAUUCUCAAUUCUUUAUUGGAUAACGAUUAAAUUGACACCCAAUAUUUUAUCGAUAAUGACACAUUUCAUUAUAUUUGUUAAAUAUUGAGCAGAGGAUUUGGAAGCCAACAACAAAAGUCAUUCAUUAUUAGUUCCAAAUUGAUGGCCUUAGUAUGUAAUGAAAAUUUCCUAUUUGAUAAUUCAAUUUUAAAAUCGUAUGUCUAGCAAUGUUUACCUGGAUAUGAUGUUUCAGAAGAAGAUGCCCUUAAAUGGUUAAAUUUUAUUUCAGAAUAAUUCUCCUCAAUAGGAGUUCAGUUGAGAUUUCACAAAUUAUUAGAAAUGCUCUGCACUUCCUAUGAUAUCAUUAUUAGAUAAAAAUUGACGGAAACAAUGGUUGAACCAACUGUAAAAUUCAUUAGAUCCCUCAUAAUUUAAUUAAAUAAAUGCUAAAGAUUUUUAAAUGAUAACUCAGAAAGACUAUAAUUAACGUUUAUCAAUAAGAUUAAAUAGUUGAUUUCUUAAAUAAUUACAUUCUUAAAAUAAGAUGUUUUAAGAUAAAUAGUAGAACCAAUUCUAAUGUAGAAUAAGAAGAUUUAUGAGUGGGUUCAAUAUUUUCUAUCAAUCCAAUACAAUGAAGAAUAAGAGAUUGUCAUAGUCGAAUUAAUAACAACGUUUUACAUUAAUUAGAUAGUUACAAAGGAAAAUAUAUCAUAAUAAACAACAAUAAUAAACAUAAUAAGCCUAUUUUAAAGCAAUAAUAAUCUGAACAAUAAGAUUUUAGAGACUAUCAAGCCUACUUUGUUGUCCUCUAUUUAUUCUAAUUUAGCAUAGUUUGUAGAGGAAACAGAAAGAAAAAAUGAGGAAAUUCAUAAUAUGGGUUUAAUGCUUGAUUUUUUGUAUUUUCAAGAAUAGAUAUUGCACCCAGGAAUUUUGCAAUUUAUAAAAUGUGAAUACUUGGAUUUGAGAUUAAAGGUUGUACAAUUGCUUAAGAAGUUUAAGCCUUAGUGA